AAUAACUAGAAGGGUGUCUAGUAACAAUUAUCAAACUUUAUAAGGACCACGCGGAUAAAUUAUAAAACAUUAAGGAGUUAACUGCAAUCUAUAAGAAAGUUAUAAAGCUACUGCCUAGCAGCUACGUCGCGACGCCGUGACGGUUUGGGAUUGAUUAACUUCUCGGAGGCGACUGAAGAAGAAGACGAAUACGAAUCAUCAAUGGUGAAUCCGACGAGUUCUACGUUGAACCAUCGCAGUGAGGUUGUCGAGAGCAACAAAGAGUUUCACGCUUACUGCUUCUCUCUCGCUAAGGUUUUCGUGAAUUGCAGUCGUAUCGACGCCUCAAUUGGGAACGAUGAAGUUCCCGUGGAUGCUCAAGAGCUUGCUAAGACACUCCUCAAUCAAGUGUUUCGACGUAGAUGUGAUGAUGAAACGAAGGCAGUGAUAAUGGUGCUGAUGAUCUCAGUGAAGACUGCUUGUGAGCUUGGAUGGUUCCCGGAGAGAGAAACUCAAGAACUACUGGCUCAUGUAGACUCGAUGUGGAAUGGUUUCAGCGGUCCUGAAAACGUCGCCUCUGGUCUAAAUAGUCCCGUCAGUCUAAUUCUUCAGGUCAUGGAGAGGUUCUAUCCAUUUACAAAGCUGGGGCAAAUUCUUGUUUCUUCUGAGUCGGAGGCAGAAUCAAAUAUAUUGAUGAAGGACUUCUAUAUUUCAAAAAAGAUGUUGCAACAUUCUCCCAAACAGAAAGUGGGACUAUUUGUUUUCCGGACAGAGGACAUAAGCAAAUCUAGUUGUAUUAUACAUCCUCAAGAAGUCAGCUUUAUGUUGAAUGGAAAGGGCGUUGACAAGAGAUGUGGCUUAUCAAUGGAUACUGGGCCGCAGUGUCCAACGAAUGUUACUAGCCUGCUCAACGCUGGGUCAAAUCUUCUCCAAACAAUAGGCUGUUUUGGAGGUAGUUACUUCAUUAUUAUUGCCUUGUUUGAUACCAUAUCACUGCCGGCCAAUCCGUUGCUGAAAGAUUAUGUUCGCUCUGAAGUCACUGAAUCAAAUUCAGAUUGUGACAUAAUUGAAGGCCCAUCAAGGAUAUCUCUCAGUUGUCCUAUCAGCCGGACACGUUUCAAACUUCCUGUGAAGGGUCAUGCCUGUAAACAUCUUCAGUGUUUUGAUUUGUGGAACUAUGUCAAAAUAAAUACGAGAAUACCAUCGUGGCGCUGCCCGCAUUGCAAUCAGUCUGUCUGCUAUACCGACAUCCGUGUAGAUCAAAACAUGAGAAAGAUUCUAGAAGAGGUUGGAUGUAAUGCUACGGAUGUGGUUAUCUCUUCUGAUGGAUCAUGGAAGGUCGUAACGGAGAACGAUGAGAAUGUGGGAGCUGUGCCGGAAACCACUCAUGGACACGGGGACCCAACUAGUUUCCAAAACCUGGGGCCUACUGUUUUGGAUCUUACCAGAGAUGAGGAUGAAAUGGAAAUAUCCGGAGGCACUCAUGUCAAUGAACAGAAGCCUUGUGUAUCCGAGAUUCAGUGUCCGUCUUCUGCUUCAGCCGACGCACUGCCAGAGUUACCCCAAACUUUGAAUACUUUUGAUGGGCAGCAACAGUUCAUCAACUCAGCAGCAAGAGAUGUCAUUCGUACCUACCCAUAUCCGCUAGAGAGAUUAGCUACAAAUACGGCCAGCUUUCACAUACCAAUGCCUGGUGCUCAGUCUUCUCAGUUUCAAGGGUCACAUGUUACGCCGCUUAGAAAUUGUCUUGGGAGAACCACUGAUUUGAUGGAGAGAUGGAACCACAUCUAUGGAAAUAGCACAACUCAAACUCCAUUGACAUCCAUGCCUCCUCCGUUGCAUCACCAGUAUGCAAUGCAGAACCAGAGGCUUCCCAGCAGGAGCUUGUCCACUGUACAGGACAGAUCGAUCCCAUCUUCCAUUACACGUCCCCAAACUUUAGGUGUCAACUAUGGAGAAACCUCCGUCCAGAGACACAUGCAAACACCUGUUCAAAGACGGAAUCUUGGUGGCGCAGCGUCGCGUGAGUCCAUGAACUUGACUCCUGCUAGCACAGGAAACUGGCGGCCACCACAGAUCCGUAUGAGAGGCAGUCUAAUGCCAGGUUCCACGGGGUAUGACCACAUGAUCAUUCGACCCACUCAGCCGGUUCAGACGCAAGCUCAAACACUUCCUCAGCCAACAGCUUAUGAUAAUAUGCCGGUUCAGGCACAAGCUCAAACACUUCCUCAGCCUCAACCAACAUCUUACUAUAACAGUCUCGAUGAUGAGAUUCAAGCAUUUUUGGCUCUACAAACGGAAGCUGGAAUCGGUUCAGUUCCCGUGGGUGAAGGUGUUGGGACGCAGGGAUCGGUCUGGUCAAUGCCUCCUGAGACAUGGUGAUUUUCUGAUGGCUUUAGCCUUUAGAUAUGCACCACAACGGUUUGUAGCAAUAGCAUGAAUCCUCUUUAACACAAUCCAAAUAGUUAUACAGGUCGAUUUUUCUUGUUACUAACCGGUUUUGGCUUCCGGUAUGUAUAAUGUAUAUGGGGUAAUUUUUGAGAUUUACAAACAUUUCUGUAUUUUGUAAUCCUUUUGUAAUAAAUGAAUAAUAAAUCCUAAAAGCUUUAACGUAAA